UUCUUGAAGUUCCGAGGGCUAGCUUUUCCUUAUUUCAGAAGAGGAGGGAGAGAGAGAUCUAAGAAUUUGAGACGGAGAAGGCCGAAAGGGUGUGGUAUUUGAAGGUGGGAGUUGAAACAAUGAGAACUGACCAGAAUUGGAGAAAUGAAGACUCUCUUCCUUGGUGGCUUCCGUUACUCAUAGUAACACAAGGAAGUUUAGGAAUUUUUUUUGGGUCUGCAACUCCCUCUCUUGCAGUCUUGCCACAGAGGGAUCGCUUUUUCUGUCUUCUUUGUUUGCUGGUACGUAAUCUCUUCUCAUAUCCUUUACUUCUUCAUUUAUAUGGUGAAAGAUAAGAACCCUGAAAUAGCGAGUGGCAGUGCCGUUAAGCGAUUGGGAACAAUCAGGUAUACUCGUUGUUCCGAUGCUCGCAGUUAUAUGUUUUCUCGCCUUUUUUCUCUACUAGUCUCACCGAUUCUGGGCUUCUGAGCGACUUGGUGAAAUAGAGUUGGGGAGGAAUCAAGGUAAAUAUGGAGGAAGCAUAUCAAAAGUCAACCAGCACGGCGCCACCGACUACUUUUUCUUUUUGUACACGCCUAUUACUUGUUUGAUAAAUUGAUUGAUUGGAAGCAGUUGACCGUGUCCAAUAAUUCCUACCAAAAACCCAUUUUGUAAACCAAGAAAGUUCAUUGAGAAAAAGAGCACUUUGUGCAUCUUAAUCUUCUCUGCAACUACAAGUUAUGGCGGCACUAGAUUGGACUUCCUCUGGCUCCGUUUCCUUCACUACUGGAUUUUCUAGUUACGAUGUGUUUCUCAACUUCAGGGGCGAAGAUACUCGCAAUAACUUCACUGGUUUCCUAAACUUAGUUUUGAAAGACAGAGGAAUCGAUGUCUUUAUUGAUAGUGAAAAAUUGUGGACUGGAGAAGCUAUUGGCCCAGCCUGCCUUAGAGCAAUCGAGGGGUCAAAAAUCUCCAUCCCUGUCUUCUCUAAAGGUUAUGCCCAUAGUAAAUGGUGCCUUCUGGAACUUGCACAGAUUCUUAAAUGCCACAUAUCUAAUGGUCAUAUGGUCCUGCCCAUAUUCUUCUAUGUUGAGCCGUCGCAUGUUCGGAAUCAGACCGGAUGUUUUGAAGAAGCAUUUCUGGAGCAUGAGAAGAAUUUCGAGCCCCAUAUUGUACAAAGUUGGAGGGAAGCUUUGAGAGUUAUAGGGAAUCUGAAAGGAGAAGUUAUUGACAAAAAUAAGGAUCAAGCAGAGAUAGUUGGAUUAGUUGCCAAAAGAGCUCUGGAUGAAUUGGUUAGUAACACGCACUUGGCUGAAUGUAAAUACCCUAUUGGCCUAGAUUCCCGUGUCAAAGAUCUAUUAUCUUUAUUAAAUAUUGGUUCCGAUGGUGUUCAGUUCGUAGGAAUCUGUGGUUGUGGUGGCAUUGGGAAGACAACCAUUGCAAGGGCUAUAUAUAAUCGCAUCCUAUUAUCCUUCAAUAGGCAUAGUUUUAUUUCAGACGUUAGAGAACAAGCAAUACAAUGCAUGGGUCUAGCGUCUUUGCAGAAGCGACUUCUUAAAGAUAUCUUCAAAACAGAUUUUGACAUAGGUCAGUAUCAUAGAGGGAAAAGAUUGAUAGAACAAAGACUUCACAAAGAAAAUGUUCUUCUUGUUCUUGAUGAUGUGGAUAGUAAAGAACAGGUAGAUGCUUUGGCCGGUGAACUCAAAUGGUUUGGUGAAGGAAGUAGGGUCAUAAUAACAACCAGAGCUGAACAUAUCUUGAACGUGGCUAAAGUUGAGAAAGAUAAAAUCUAUUGGCCUAAAAAACUGGAUCUUAAGGAAUCUCUUCAACUAUUUAGUUUGCAUACCUUUUCAAUGGAUCAUCCUCCUCAAGAUUAUAUGCAACUUUCACAUGAUGUGGUACGUUAUUCGGGAGGAUUGCCUUCAACUCUAGAGGUGUUGGGAUCUUACCUUUCUGACAUAAGCAUCAAAGAAGUUUGGAAAAGUACAUUGCAAGAAUUAACCGCGGGUAUAACUUCUAUCUCUUGCUUGGCAUCUUUACACACAGAGAGAGAGAACACAUGUCCUAUGAAAGACAAUCCCCCUGGUUGGAGCUCACUACUUCAUGGAACCAAUGGAAACAACACCACUGUUACUAAGGUAUCUAAAUCCACUGGGGGAUAUCUGAGUUCAAAUGACUCCAUAACUACUGUUGUUGAGUGGUUCACAUUUAAAGCAAAGAUCAGAUCUGCAUUAUCUAAAUUCACCUGUGGAUAUCUGAAUCUAAAUGUCUCCAUAGCUACUGAUAGAGUUAGUAAGCAGUUCAGAAUAGCAGAGAUCCAAACUGCAACAAAGAAUUUUGAUAAUUCAAUGAUUGUCGGAGUUGGAGGCUUUGGCAGAGUUUACAGAGGUGUAAUACAUGACGGCACGCUGGCAGCAUUCAAGCGAGUGAAUCCACAAUCUGGACACGGCCUUGCAGAGUUUGAGAGAGAGAGUGAGAUUCUACCGAAGCUCAGGCAUAGACAUGUGGUUUCCAUGAUUGGGUUCUGCAGGGAAAAGAAUGAAAAAAUUUUGAUGUUUGAGUAUAUGGCAAAGGGGGUUCUCAGGGAUCAUCUCUUUGGAAAUGAUCUCCCACCAUUGACAUGGAAGCAGAGAUUAGAGAUUUGCAUAGGUGCUGCACGUGGGCUCCACUACAUCCACACAUGGGAAGAGAUUGGUAUAGUCCAUGGGGAUGUUACGACAUCCAACAUACUAUUGGAUGAGAACUUUGUGGCAAAGAUGUGUGAUUUUGGGUUUUCAAGAAUAUGUCCUGCAUUAGAUCAUACCCAUGAUACUACUCCUUUAAUGGGAACCUUUGGAUAUUUUGCUCCAGAAUACUUGCAAAGUGGGCGAUCGAAUAAAAAGUGUGAUGUUUACUCUUUUGGGGUAGUACUGUUUGAGGUAGUUUGUGCCCGACCCGUUGUAGAUGCAAAAUUGCCAAGAGAGCAGGUCUGGCUUACAGAAUGGGCAGUCCGAUUGCAAAGGCAGGGAUCACUUGAAACCAUUGUGGACCGACAGCUUAGAGGUAAUUACUCUCCAGAUUCAUUGAAGAAGUUUGGGGAGAUCGCAGAGAAAUGCCUUGCCAUUGAGGGUAAGAACCGACCCACAAUGGGGGAAGUGUUGUGGGACUUGGAGUACGUCUUGCAGCUGCAUGAAGCGUGGUUAAAAUGCAAUGCUGGUGAAGAAUCCACCAGUGGAUUGGUUAAUACUAUUGGGUUGUCUGAUGAGUUCUCUUAGAUGGAUAACCCUCAAGGGGGGUUGAGAACAAAGCACAAUUUUCAAUCACUGGAUCCAGAUGUUUUACAUUCUUAAAAUGUACAUAUUAUGCAUUUGAGAUAGACAAUUGUGAAGAAGCUCCUGAUAAUGUCCAAUACAGUUGAUGGAGCUUGGUAAAAGGUUUGUGCUGCCUGGGUAAAUGCCCGGGUUUGAGUCUAGAGGAUGACCCAGUACCCACAUAGGCAAAGACCAGCACUCUGUAUUGGUAAUGGCCCUUUAUAGUUUAUGGAUGUUUUUAUGUAAUAUUCUAUUUUUUAGGGGUCCCUGUUCCUGCUCAAGGGUUCACUAAUAAAUCUUAUUCUUCUGAUUCUUGCUUUUUAA